GCAUCAUUCCGUCUAUCGAAAAGUGGACAGGAAUCAGUGAAAGUAGUGAAAGAGUUUUUGAGUCCGCCGACGUCUGUAAAGUCUCUGUCCGACAAUUGUGAUUGAUUGACGCAAUUCCGAAUCCGUCCAGCGGCAUUACGGGUCUUGCUUCAUGCGCCCCAGUGCAGCGACAUCGCUGACUCCUUGGUGGGAUCGGCACAUUGAUCGGUUGCUUGAUCUGCUAGUUUUCCUUUGGUAGAGUGAAAACAGUUUCAUUUUUCAUUCAUUGAUGCGACUUGUAUCGGUUGCUAGAGCCGCUGAGCUCCUCGAUGCAGUGAAAUGUGGAAACAGUUCAACUACUGAGUUCAUUGGUUGUGAAAUGUGGAAACAGUUCAGCUACUGAGUUCAUUGGUUGACGCGAAUCGGCAGUCGAUGGCAUUCAAUCCGAGGCAUUAUGACUGGUUUGGUUUCACCACCCUCCCUAUAACAACUAAUAAUCUCUCUCUGGACAGCCUCAAGGCGGUGGCGUUAUAUUGCCUUUAAUUAAUGGUGAGCAUUGCUUUGCAGGGAAUGGGGAAUGGUAAGUCGGCUCCUCGACAUGUGGCCAGCGUCGCUGAUUAGUAGUAGCGUGAUUACUUUGGCACAUGAUUGGCUGCUGCUAGAUUUUGCGAGAUUCUGUGGCGGCGCAAUGAAAACCGUUCGUUCAUCGAUAAUGUCUCGGUGAAAAUAGUUCCUUGAUGGACAAAGCCAGUGCAGCCCACAGCCGGUCGUUGCCUUCACGGCAUCGUAACUGAUCGUCAGUAGCUAGAUCGCACACGACAGGUAGUUUUGCAGUCCCUUCCGCCCGAUCCUUGUUGCACCUUGUAGGUAAGAGUAGCUAGAUGGCACAGGGUGGUGGGUGGUUUCUGAUACAGUGAUUUGGGUGACUUCGCCCUCGGUGUGAUGUAGAUAUAGCAAGAUCGACAGGCUUGUAUUGCAGUCGUCGUUCUUUGGGUGAUGAGUGCAAGGGCAUCGCUCCACUAUGGAGCAUUCGAAUGUAUCUGGACAUGGAAUUGUCCUUAUGCGGUCAAAAUGUUGGAUCAGUUCGAAUGCAGUUGGUCCAUUUGACCGUCCGAAAUAUGUGCCGAAUUAUGAAGCGAGGCCCUAAGUCUCUGAUAGUUCAGUGAAGUCCCUCGGAUAGUUUUGUCUUUCCUUAUUCUGGAUGCAAGUGGGAACAGCUCGCAGUUUUUUUUUGUUUUUUUUUUUUUUGUCUUUUCCCCUUGUUUUUUUUUUUUAUAAUUCCUUGUUUGAUUCUUGUCUGUGAAGCUUCGUCUUCGUUCAUGUAUGCCCUUAUCCCUAUCCUCUUUCAUGUAUGCCCUUAUCCUUAUCUUUGUCUUUACUAGAUUGUCCUUGGGACUGCGAUAAGAGUGAAAUGGGACAUAGUAUGCUGUGUCCCAUGGGAGUCAAUGGGAGUCGAAAAGGCGAUACACGGGAGCGGAUAAGGGCAUACAUGAAAGAGGAUAAGGCGAUACAUGGAAGACAGUAGGGCACAUGGGAGGGGCGUGGAAGUGGAUGAGGCACAUCAAAGGGGAUAUAUAAGGCAAGUGAGAUGGAUACGAGGGCAUACGUGGAAGGGGAUAAGGCAGUACAUGGAAGACGGCAAGGUACAUGGGAGGGGCAUGGAAGGGGAUAUAUAAGGCAAGUGAGAUGGAUACAGGGCAUACGUGGAAGGGGAUAAGGCGAUACGUGGGAAGGGGAUAAGGCGAUACACGGGAAGAGGAUACGGCGAUACGUGGAAGUGGAGACAGAGUAUACGUGUAACAUGGGACCGGGACAGAGUAAACAUGGGAAUGGGACUGUAAGAGACGGAGUAUACAUGGGAAUGGGACAGAGUAAACAUGGGAAUGGGACAGAGUAUACAUGGGAAUGGGACAGAGUAUACAUGGGGAUGGGACAGUGCAUGCAUGGGAGGGGACAAGGCGGUACGCGGAAGGCGAUAAGGCAAGAAACGGAAGAGGAUAAGGUGAUUGGGAAGGAGGCGGAGCGGAGUGUACAUGGGAACAGGACAGAGUAUACUCUUGAAGGUGAUAAGCCGAUAUGUGGAAGAGGAGGAUCAGGCGUACUUGCGACGCAACCUGUGCGGUGCACUGUGUGGUGCGGCGCGCCGUGCGCGAAUCACUGAUGUGCGUGCACUGCACACACUGUGGGCGCCGUGCGCGGAUCACUGAUGCACGUGCACUGCUCAUACUGCGGACAUAGGUGCAGCGUGCUAGGCUGCGAGGAACUGCACCUCGUGCGCUCCCGCAGGUGCUUUAUCCGAUAAGGUGAUACGUGGAAGGGGAUAAGGCGAUUGGGAUUGGGAUGGAGACAGAGAAGUACAUGGGAUGGGAAUGGAGCAACUAGUGAGUGAAGCGGAACAGAGAGGAAUGCAAUAAACGGGUUGGAAAUUU